GGUUGACUCAUGCAGCAAGAGGUCUCGGAUGAGGAGCGGGACUCAGGACAGCCGCAUGGAACCCUACCUGCCCUAUGCAGCGAGCCAUGCGGCUCAUUGUGUAUCAUGAUCUCAUGAGACAUUUCAACUUUUAAACAAAAGUGGUCUACCUAGUUCCAAAAUAAGUGACAUAAAUUCCAUUCACAAACAAAUAAAUGGAAUCCAGAUAUUCUGAUGGUAAAAUAGUAUUUUGCAGGUUGAAAUGUUUUCUGGAUAUUUCUAAUUCUUGGAUCAGUAAAGACUGUGGAGCUGGGAGUUUAGUGAUAGUGCUGAAAAUCCAGAUAAAGUUAUUCAUAUAAUGAACAACAUAUGGGACAUUCCAGUUCACAUCUGACUGCAAGUCACUAAAAAUUAUUUACACUUCAUGGUUGCAAUGGCACAGUAAGACCAGAUUCAGUGCAAUCUGCUAUUAGCACAUAUGGAGCUGUCUGAGAAUCCAGCUGAAAUCAUUUGAUCAUUAAAUUCUAGGUUCCUGGAGCUGGGCUCCAGUAGAGGACAAUUUUAAAUAUUUCAAUUCAAAUGUAGAAUUGAAGAGAAAAGCUGUUUUAGUCUUGGUAGCUACUGUGAUCUACUGGUUAUAACCGUAGAGUUAAUCAGUACUGUAGACUCGAUAAGGUUUAUCUUUAAAACAGCUUGGUAAUACUCGCUUAAUUUUUAGGGUUAGUCGAAGAAGUAAACCAUGUGAAAACUGCAUCUCCUCGCUCACAAGACCGCCCUGUGUUCCUCUCUCAAUAUGGCGGAGGGGUUAACGUAUUGCUGCAACGGAUUUACAGUCGUGCGUCUCACUGAUACGUGAUGAACACCGGGACAGGAGACAUCAUCAGUCACCAAGUUACGCCACAUAAAGGUUGAGGCGUUUCCUCGCACCGCUCUGGGAUAAACCACCAUCUGUAGCCAUGUCUGGCAGAGGGAAGACCGGAGGCAAAGCCAGAGCCAAGGCCAAAUCUCGAUCCUCUCGAGCCGGGCUCCAGUUCCCGGUUGGUCGAGUCCACAGGCUGCUCCGCAAAGGGAACUACGCAGAGCGCGUCGGCGCCGGAGCCCCGGUAUAUCUGGCGGCGGUGCUGGAGUAUUUGACCGCCGAGAUCCUGGAGCUGGCAGGCAACGCGGCGAGGGACAACAAGAAGACCCGGAUCAUCCCCCGCCACCUGCAGCUUGCCGUGCGCAACGACGAGGAGCUCAACAAGCUACUAGGAGGUGUGACCAUCGCUCAAGGGGGGGUCCUGCCCAACAUCCAGGCUGUCCUCCUCCCGAAGAAAACCGAGAAACCCGUCAAGAGCAAGUGAAGAAAGCCGCUGUAGUGGAGCUACCGCUUUCAUAUCACCGUCUUUCUAACUCGAAGCAGCGCUUCGGUUUCUGCUGUUUUCUAUAAUAAACUGCUUCAUGCUUGAUGCUGUGGAACAAACCUUUCUUUCUUUUUAAGCAGUCCUGAACGUUGAUUUUGAACAGCUCUGAUGUAAGCUAAUUUUGGGUGUGUUGUUUAUUUGUGGUGCUUUCAUUAAAGGGUGUUUGAACUGCUUUUUUGUUGUUGUUUUUGUCUUACGGGUAUUUACAAAAUGUGGCAGCGGACUCCUAUAAAUCCAUACCCAGUGUUCUCUUCAUUUUUUUCCCCACCCUGAUAAAUUUCCAGAAGCCUCAUCAGUUCUGCCAUUUACCUCUCAGCUUGUGUUUCAGCAUAAAAACAUAAAUGCCAACUGUAUCAUGCUGA